GUGGCGGCGGCGGUUGUUUAUUUCAAAAUAAUAGGCCUCAACGACGAAUUGAGUUCAAAAGGAAAUUGAAAUCUGCCUUUGCCUUUGGCUGACUCGCAAAUGAGUCAGUUGCUUUUCAAACACCGGUCGGGGUGUUCGCAUUCGUCUCAGUCAUUUAAUUCAUUCAUAAAAAUUUAAGCGCGUAGUAUCUCCGCAUCGGCAUUUUGUUUUCUUUUUUCGAGUAAAAUACAAAAAAAAAUGUGAAUAAAAAAAUACCUGCAAAAAAUAAGUUCAACAACAGUAUCUAAUGAAAGUACAACAGCUACCUAUAUACCAUACAUACAUAGAGAUGUGAACUGGUUUUUAUUUGAAAAGUUAUUUCACGCUUGUUCUCACCGGCUUAAUUACCAAUUAGUUGGAGCACGCAUUUACCAAAUACAUGGAAAUGACAAACACACAAAGCGCUACUCUAUGUAGUCAGUCAGCGUCAAUUUUAUUUUAUUUUUUUUUUGUGUAUCCUCAACGCUUUUCAGUGUCAAAGUGCAAGUGCUAAAUGCAAAGGCAAAAAAAGUGCAUAAAUACUAAUAUAAGAAAAAGAAAAGAGUGCAGAAAAAAAUUAACCUCGCCCAUUUAAAGUGUCAGUGUGCUAUUAAUUUAUUAGUAACUGUCGUUAAGUAGAACGCUCCUUUCCCCCAGACACGGCCAGUGCCAAAUGCAGCUGCGCGAAUCCAAUGUCAGCUGUUGCUCAGCCAUGGUCAGCCAGAGGUCAACAACUACAACUGCCACUACAGUUGCAGAAUUACAGCUUGGGCCGAAAGUGGCAAGAGGAAUAAAGCCAAAGAAAAGCACAACAACGACGAGUUGGUUGUGCAGGGCGUACACUUUGCAAAGGCGUUCACCCAGAGCCACACAUCCAUCUACAUUACCAAAAGUUAAUGAAGCGAAAAGCAGUACUUCGACGAAUUUGGCGCAACAAAUGCGUGCGGUUUCUAGUCCAUCGCUCACAGAUGCUUUGCAGGAGGAAGAAAACGACACUUCCGCCAGCAAUGCUGCUCAAACCGAAUUAAAGGAUUUUAAUUCGAUCUCAGUUUCCGGUGAAUCUACAUCAACCAUGGUCACCGCAACAACUAAAAACAGCAGCAGCAGCAGCAGAAGCAGCGGCAGCCAUAGCAACAGUAGGCCAUUGAGUCUGUCGAAUAGUCAAAGCGUAGGUGUGCUGCAGAAAUUCAAACGCACGCUUACAAAUUUCAAUAAACCAGCGCAACAGCAGCAGCAGCAGCAACCACAACAGAUUGCAAGUAGUAGCAGCACACAAGCGCUUGUAUUGAGCAAUGCAGCAACCGCAUCUUCCGCAACAGCCGCAAAUAUUAGUGGAGCUAGUAAUGGUGGAAGCAAUUCGUUGACAAUAGAAAAUCCAUCAGAGACCACUUCAAAUAUCGCCGUAAUGGAGGGUAGUGCAAGCAAAUACCGCUUUGGACCACUCAUUUGGCGUUCAUCAAAGGAGCGUCGCAAGACCAAGUACAAUCGACGUGAUAAGUGUAAUAGCGGUGAUUCUGGUAUACAAAUCGAGCUGGAUAAUGACGAGCAAUUCUCUCGCAUUUUGGUGACUGCGAAUUGUGAAGGCGACAACAAGACGGCUAGUACGAGUGCGGCAGCAGCAAAUCAACGCGGCACAAAUGAGAAGGUCACAGUGAAAAUGCGAUCUGUGCGUCGUGUUAAUUCGGCCAAAGCGACCAGCAUCACGGAUCAAUCGGCGACAGCGGCACUUAAUGGGAAAGCAAAAAUACUCAAACGCGUGGAAAUUCAUGGUGGAAGCAUGGAACGUGAAGCGCCCGAAUCACUACCCGCGCGCUCAUUAAGUCAACCCAAUGGCUUGGAUACUUGCGGCAUUGGCCGAGUUGGCGAUUUGGAUGACAGCGACAGUGAUAGCGUAACAUCACAUGAGGAAGCACCCAACUACUACCCGAUUUACGCUGAAGUGCUGUACAGCUUCACCGCCGCUGGUCCCCAAGAACUCGGCCUGGAGCGUGGCACAUUAAUCGAAAUACUACGCAAAGAGGUCGGUCCCUGGUGGCUUGGACGCAUACGGAAAGAGGAAAAUAACACACUGGUCGAAGAGAUACUUGAUCCCGAACUCGGUUGGUUUCCCAAGGAAUUUGUGCGCGUCAUACAAUGCCCCAAGACAGAUGUGUUUUUCCUUUCGCAAAUGGCAAAUGUCGCGACGUCUGCCCAAAUGCAACAACAACCAGCGACAACAACAAAACGUAGCAGUUUCAAGAAAUUUGCUACAAAAUCACAAACUGCGUUCCACUCUGCUACAGCCCCACCGGCGCUGCCGCCAACAAUGACUGCCUCUGAUAUAGCUUCGGAGGUUGCUUGUGACUUAGAUGCGACUAUUGUCGAUGAGAAUAAUGUAACAACUAUUGUGAUUGAAUCGCCCUCGUAUGCCAGCCUGCCACCAAGUGGUUCAAGCGGUGGUGGUGGUGGUGUUUGCGGAAGUGGGGAUGCAUCAAAUGCCCUGGCACCGUCGCGUAGCAUAAAUGUGAUACUCGACAGUGCGGAAAUGUUGCGACGCAGCGCGGUUAAAGAGUUGCUCGACACAGAGGUUAACUAUGUGAAACUGUUGGCCGCCAUAUGCGAGGGCUAUCUGCCCGCAAUGAGCAAGCGUAUUGAUAUUUUUUCGCCGAAUAGUAUUCGUUUGAUUUUCUCAAACAUCACAGCGAUCUAUAAGUUCCAACGGAAAUUUCUAGAGGCCUUGCGCAAAGGCAUCGAGCAGAAUCAAGUCGCUAAAGUUUUCCUGAAAAUGCAUAAGGGAUUCCUCUGCUACUCAACCUAUUGUAAUGCAUACCCACGUGCGCUCAUAGAAUUGGAAACGUAUGAUCGUAUUAAAGAUGCCAAAACUAUUCUAGACAAUUGUCGCGAAUCGGAGAACCUUGCUGAACUGCCCCUCUCGGCGCACCUCUUGGCGCCUGUCCAACGUAUCUGUCGCUAUCCGCUGCAUCUCAGUGAAAUUCUGAAAGGCGCAGCCAAGCGCGGCGAACCGCCAGAAUAUGAAUUGGGGCAGUAUGAGCAAUUUGAUGUAAGCCAAAUGGACAUACCUGAUACAUAUGAAAAAAUCGACUUAGCCUUGGAGGCAAUGCGCGGCAUUACUGAAGCGGUCAAUGAAGGCAAGCGUCACAGCGAAACGAUUGCACGUCACCAAGCCAGUUUCCAGAACUUCAAAGGCCCGCCACUUCAUCUGCACAGUACACGUUUCUUCUUGCAAAUCGAUGCUACACGGCAGAAGCAAAAUCUCUGGAACAGCAGCUGUACGCUAUUUCUCUUCGACAACCAGUUAAUCUAUUGCAAGCGCGACAUCAUUAAACGCAGCCAAUUCAUCUACAAGGGACGCAUCUUUCUUGAUCGCUGUCGCGUGGUAAAUGUGCGCGAUGGCAAAAUGUUUGGACACAAUAUAAGAAAUUCACUGCGUAUCUAUUGCGAAGCGCGUGACAAGUGGUUCGACUUCAGUUUUCGCUCGGCAAAUCGCAAGCACCGUUUCCUCAGCACCUUGGCGCUGGAGCGGCAAUUCGGCGGCAAGGCAUUCUACGUUUCGGAAAUGACCGGCUUCGAGUAUGCCUACGAUGAGCGUGACUACUCCGAUCAAUCCGACUAUGAGUUGCCCGAUUGUGAACACAGCAAUAGCAGUGGCGGUGGCGGAGGCGGCGGUGUCACUGUAGGUGGUGGUGGUUUAGUUGGCGCAACGCGACAUUGGUCCAUGGCGGAUGUGAGCAAUGCGAAUGCCGGAGGCGGUACAUCGGCGACGAGUGGUGAUAGUUCAUUGCCUGAAUCGCCAGUAAAAUACAGUGAUACGCUGCCGAAGAAAUCGCAUACACGCGAGACAGGCGGCAGUAGCGGCACGGUGAGUGAGUGUCAGACGGGUUCGCUGGGACGUCGCCGCCUUGGUAAUUGGUUCCGCAAACCAAAGAGCAGCAACUCAACGCCAAAUCAUUCGCCGACACAUAAGGCCAACGAGCUUUCGGCGGUCGCACUGGUGGGCGGCAGUGAGAAUAAUAUUUCCAUUAAUGUGGGUGGGGGUAAUUACAUCUCUUCCGGCUCAUCGGCAUAAGGUGGUGCCAAUGGAGCGGAAGCUACGUAUGUGUAAAUUUCAAGGAAUGAAACCGAUUCAAAAUAACGUUCCGGUUUGGGUUUCGGUUUUGGUUUCGUUCUUCAACAUUUAUUUCGG